GCGCACGGUCCUCCCAUUCCGGUCGCUUCAUACAUGGGCUCUACAUCUGCAUCCUGAUUUCAUCUUCUAACUGUAUCUUAGCCAUCUUCAAGUCCGCAAACAUACUCAUGAGCUAGCUCUCUGGACGCAAGGUCUAGGUCAAGAUGACUCUCACAGGAUCUCACUCGACAACUCAUCCGCCUCAUUGUUUGAGCAACCAGAUUCAGGACGCGAUACGAUAUCCAUACAUACCUUUGACUGAACAGCUGGUGCUCGACGUCAUCGAGGACCUCGAAAUCAUCCCUGUCUCUGGAAGCAUCUCGAAUACCCUGCUACCCGGUCUCGAAGAUGACUCUUCUUCCGAUCUGCUCGAGAACUUCAUCCAGGGUUGUCAACUGGUAGCAAAGGCCGAGGUAGACACCAGAAUGACGGACGCGCAACACUUGCACCAAUGCUUCGAGGAUGGACGAUAUGAGCGAGCGAGACUGAAGACACAGGCAUCAAAAGCUACAGACUUUCAGCCUCUCAGCCCUGGUCGACAGGCCCUUUCGCGGAAAGCUCUUCGAGAAACGCCAAAAGUCUUCGGCCCCUCGAAAGGCCGGAAACGAAGAACCCCUGCUCGCUUGGAGCACCUAGUUCGCGAUGACAGCGGUUUUCAAGUCCUAUCACCACUGAGGAUUGACAAAUACCUGGGAACUUUGGUGACUGUAGAUGACGCCUUGUAAGUGUCUCCAGUCCUCCUGCAAGGCACGGAUUAACCAUAGCGCACACAAGAGAUGUUCACCGAAACAUCUCCUCCGAGCUCAGUUUGGCUAUGAAGAACUGGUCGAACGAAUCAAAACGAGCACUAUUGACCGCAAUGAUAGCCUCGAAGGGGAAAGAUGGGCCGGAACUCUGGCAGAGUUUUGUCAAGCAGAAACAACAGUCCGUUGACCUGGAAGCACGGCCAAUGACGCCACCUAUCCUAGCUUCGACGACUAGAUCGGCGUUCAGUAUGACCUCGUUUGAGGCCAUCACGACAGGUUUUCCGACCAUCUCGACGUUGCCAAAAGAGGGACUGAUUCCGCUAGCCCUCUCCGACGACGCUGGUCGUUCAGAUUUCGGUCUAAGCAUGACCAGUAUCCACA